CACCCUUACAGCACAGGUCUCUUCACGACACAACCAAUCUUUCUACGGCCGUGUUGUGUUCAGCCGUAAAGCGCCACGCGUGGAAGCGAAGGAAGGUUAAAGUGAAGCCAACAAAAGACGCAUCAUGCCUUUCGUGGACCUGCAGUCGCGGUUCGGCAUCAACAUGGACCGCUGGAUUCUAAGGCAGAGCGGAGAGCAGCCCCACAAGAGAGCGGCACGCUGCCAUGCCUUUGAGAAGGAGUGGAUUGAAUGUUCCAGCGGCAUCGGACAGACCCGCGCCAAGAAGGAGUGCCAGGUGGAGUUUGAGGACUUCUACGAGUGCCUACACAGGGAAAAGACAGUAAGUGUCUGGGUGUGGACGACUUCUUCUUGAAGUGUUCUUGAAUAC